CAAGAGGGGAAGGACAGAUGCAGAAACAAUAAGUUUACUUAAAAUUAUGACCCACUGAGGGAAACAGAGCAACGUUGCCUCUUAAGGUUACUAGCAAAUCCCGGGCAUGUGUGAGAACAUGCCCCCACGCCCUCCCUGAGAGCUCCUCCGGGCUGUCCACUGCUAAGAAAAAGAGGGAAAAACCAAACCCAGCUAAACCCAGCCCCUUCUGUCGGCGGGUCGUUGGGAGGAUUCUGCAGCUGGAAACCCGCCCUUCCAGGCUGCAGGAGCUCUCAGUGCUUCAGCAGACAUGAAUGUGAAAACCGUGCUCAUCCUCCUCGUUCUGGCUUUAGCCACGAUAUUUGCUUUAGUCUGUGUGUUGCUGACCAGAGGAAGGGCCCCCAGCACCUGCCAGCACCGGCCCCCGGAGCACGAGGACGCCGAUGACGGCCAGAGCCUGGUCUUUGCCGAUCUGACACCCGAAGAGAUGGCGCAAGUGGUGCGGUACCUGCAGGGAAGCCUUGGGGUGCAGCUGGUGGACGCCGCGCGUGCAAAGCCCUCCGACAACUGCAUCGCCUCCGUCGACGUGCAGGUCCCCGCCAAGGCAGAGGUGCUGCGUUUCCUGGAUGGUGGGGGGCCUCGCCCCCCCCGGGAGGCGCUGGCUGUGCUGUACUUCGGGAGCCAGCCGGACCCCAACGUCACCGAGUACGUGGUGGGUCCGCUGCCGACGCCGGUGUAUCACCGGGACGUGACGGUGCAGAAGUACGGGGGGAAGGUGCCGUACCACCGCAGACCCGUUACCGGCAAGGAGUACGUGGAUAUCAACACCCUCAUCCAGCGGGAGCUGAGAAAGGCACCGCGCUUCCUCGCUGCGUGCUGUGAGUCUGAUGGCACCGACCUGGCCAUCCUCACAACGGCCCCACGGGGCUUCAAGUCUGGCGACCGUGUGACCUGGUUUGUCCUCUUCCACAACGUGGCUGGCACCGGCUACUACCUCUCCCCGGUGGGCCUGGAGGUGCUGGUGGAACAUGGGGACCUCCACGUCUCCCGCUGGCAGCUGCGCCAAGUCUUCUAUAACGGCUGGUACUUUGCCAGCACGGGGGAUCUGGAGGAUGCAUUUGUGGCCGACAUGCUGGAGGUCGUCAGGAUCCAGAAGCCCCGGGCUGAAGCGGUGCUGGGCUCAAUGAGACCCCGGCACCCGCCUGGCUCCCCGGGGCCACUGCAGUACGAGCCUCAGGGUCCCCGCUACAGCAUCAGGGACAACCGUGUCACCUACCAGGGCUGGAGCAUCACCUUCGGCAUGAACCCCAACUCCGGCCCGCGCCUCUUUGACAUCAGGUACCGCGGGGAGAGGAUUGUCUAUGAGCUGAGUCUCCAGGAAGCUUUAGCCCUGUACGGCUCCAACUGUCCCGGGGGCAUGUCAACCCGCUACCUUGAUGGGAGCUUUGGCAUCGGCAGGUUUGCCUACGAGCUUGUCCGGGGCCUCGACUGUCCCUACACGGCGACCUACGUGGACAGGCACUACCUGGCAGAGUCAGAGACCCCCAAAACCAACCAAAACUCACUCUGCAUUUUUGAGCAUGACACUGCCCUCCCUCUGCGGCGCCACUUCUCUGACUCACAGUCCUUGUACUAUGGUGGGUUGAGGAAAAACACACUGGUCAUUCGUGCCAUCUCCACUCUCAUCAACUACGAUUACAUCUGGGACUUCAUGUUCCAUGGCAGCGGGGCCGUGGAGGUCCGGGUGCAUGCCACCGGCUACAUCAGCUCCUCCUUCCUCCACGGCCGAGGCACCGACUAUGGCAAUAGGGUUGGGCCCCACACGCUGGGGACGAUGCACCUCCACCACGUCCACUACAAGGUGGACCUGGAUGUUGACGGGCAGUUGAACUCUUUGGAGACCCAAGACAUGGGGUAUGAGCUCGUAAAAGACCCCUGGAGCAAGCAGAACACCAUCGAGCGGCCAUACCUCCGCAGGGAGAGGCUGGAGAGGGAGAAUGAUGCAGCAUUCACGCUCAACACCCCCAUGCCCCGCUACGUCUCCUUUGCCAGCCCCAAGCCCAACAAGUGGGGGCAUCCGCGCAGCUACCGGCUCCAGAUCUCCAGCUUCGCCGGGGAGCACCUGCCCGCCAGCAGCCCCAUGGAGAGGUCCAUCAGCUGGGGCAGGUACCAGCUGGCUGUCACCCGACGGAAGGAGGAGGAGCCCACCAGCACCAGCAUCUACAACCAGAACGACCCCUGGACGCCCACCGUCGCCUUUGCUGACUUCAUUGACAACGAAACCAUCACCAACGAGGACCUGGUUGCCUGGAUCUCCGUGGGGUUCCUGCAUGUCCCCCAUGCCGAAGACAUCCCCAAUACGGUGACCGUGGGGAACGGCGUUGGCUUUUCCCUGAGGCCCUACAACUACUUUGACGAGGACCCCUCGGUGGACUCACCUGACAGCAUCUACUUCAGCAGAGAGCAGGAUGCUGGUGUGUGUGGGGCCAACCCUCUCGCCUGCCUGCCCCCCACCGCCGCCUGCGCCCCACACCUGCCCCCAUUCCGCUAUGGGGGCUUCCUCAACCUCAGCCUGGCCCCGCCGCCCGGUGGGCUCUGACGGGGCUGGGGCCACCGCUGCCCCCGUCCCUGCCGGUGCGGGCGGUCCGUGUCCGGCCAUCCCGUGCGUCCUUGGAGGGGCUCCGGCGGCGGCGCAGGCACAGGAUGGCUCCGCCACCGCACCAGGACCUGCCCUCCCCAUCCCUGGGGUGUCGCGUGCUCAGGGUCAGGUUUUCGGGGAGCUCAGCUCUCGUUUCAGUGCCGCAAUGCUGCUGAAGGUGGACUCAAAGCCUCUGAAAAACAAGCCCUAGGAGUGAUUUUUGGAGACUCCAUCCAGGAGGACACCCAAAGGGCUGUGGGGUGCCCACAGCCGCUCUCCUCCUCUGGGACCGGGGCUCGGGCUGCCUCCCCAAGGUAGGUCAGUGCACGCAAGGCGACGGUGCCGGCCGGGGCUGGGCACUGCACAAAGCCGCAGCUCCCCUCGGAGCUGUGGUCUGGCCAAGGUUUUGCCCAGGGUGGUGGGAGCAGGUGGCAUGGUGGCUGCUGUGGCCUGGGCGCAGCCCCAGGGACCUUGGGCCGCGGGAGGCAGCACCUCCAGGAUGCCCGAGACGUCCACCCCGGCCCUGGGGCCACAGCAGGUCUAGGGCUGCUGGGGUCCAGGGGACACUGAGCUCCGGCUCUGGGGUCAGGACCAGGUGCGCUGGGCUGUGCUGGGAGCCCGCAGGAGGAGCACCCUGCAGGGCUGCGGGACGGGCGCAGCCUGGGCUGAGCUGCCCCGUGUUCGCCCUUCCCCAAUAAAGAGGCACUCUGGUGGUUUCUCUGACCAAAGCGUUGUGUAGCUCAUGGGUGCUGGUGGCCGGAGCCCUGGCCCUGCGGGCACUGCGGGUGCUGGUGCCCUGUAACAGACGGUCCUGGCUCAGCUCUGUGGCGCUCGCGGGGGUCCAAGGGCCGUGGGGCCAGUGCAGCAUCCGCCACGGCUGCGCGAGCGUGCACCAGCUGUGCUCUUGGACCCCGGACGCUGGCAGGAGGCUUCUGCUGGGGAAUAUGUGACAAACAAGGGAGUUAAUGUAUAACAGCUGUACCGAGCUGCAUUAAUCGGGUCUGGCCUUGGCUGCUGCCCGGCAUGCUCAGCCCCAGCCAGCAUGGGGCCCCUUGCUCCUGCGUCCCGGGCUGCGUGCACAGCCCUGGGCUGCAGGAUCCCGCAGCUCCAGAGCCCAUCCUCACUGAGCCAGGCGGGGCUGGGGACUCUGAGGGGCUUGGUGCAGGCAGUUCAGCUCCAGCCCCAGCGCCUGGCCCUGGCACGUGGCUGCAGAUGCCAAGCACUGGCCAAUGUGUCCCUGGGUACUUUCUGGAUGAAACAUCAGCACCAUGUCCAGCACAUUGUGUGACAGCACCCACGUGUGCUGUGCCUCCCAUAGCUGCAUCUGGUGCCUUGGGAAUUGUGGGGACACCAUGUCCCAGAGCCAGGGCACGAGCUGGAGCCUGGCAUGGUGCUCCCAGAGCCAGCAGCCAAACCAGCCAGGAUGCAAAAUGCCGCAGUGCCCAGGUCAGCGGCCCCCGACACCCCAGCCUGCCCCAGCUCUGCACGGUGGCUGCAGGGCCAGGGAUUUCCCUGAAGCGCAGGGCACGGAGCUGGCGCUGGCAAACCCGUGCCGCAUGGACCCACCAGCUCCGGCACAGACCUGCCCCGCGGCACGUCCAGCCUGGCCACCGCGCAGGGGGACGCUGGUCCGUGCUGCUCCGCUGGCGGCACGGCUCCAUCAGCAGCACUUCAUGUCCGCUCCCGCGCUGCGCUGGCCCCCGCCGUGCUGGGAGGGAGGAGGUGGCUGCACGCAUCCCCUUUCCCAGCCUCUCCCCGCUGUGGCCCCAGUUUUCCUGCAGCGACUUUUUCCAAGUGGCCUGGAGCACGUUUGUCCCCAUCCCCCAACACCUUUUGCCCCCAUUUUCUGCUGUGAAAUCUCUCAGGGAGAAUUUAUUGCUGACUGUUUCAAAAUUUUUUUGACGCAGAAGCCAAGUCUGUUGCAUUCCUUCACACUGGUCAAAGCCACCCUCGGUUGAGGACCCUGGAAUGAACUGUUGGGGAAUUUGUUUUGCAAGAGUAAUUCCAUUUCUGUGCAACCUU